AUGCUUAGACAAUUUACCAGAUCUACAAUUGCUCGUCAAAGUGCAAGAUUUGCAAGAACAUACUCAACGGGUAGCUCAACCGCAAGGACUCAAUUUAACUCAAAAUUGGCCGUUGGUGCAAUUGUACCAAUUUCCGUUGCCAUUGUUUAUUUGUCAUGGUCAAACUCAAUCCAAAAUGAAACAGUUUUAGGAGUAGCUGAAAGUAUUCAGGAUAAUUUCGAAGAAGGGGCUGCCAUGGCUGACAAGCAUCAAGAAAAGUUUAGAACCGAGCAAGAGCAAUUACAAAAACAAAAAGGUUCUGAUGAAAUUGCCGACAUUGAAAAAUUGAAAACUGAUUUGACAAAAAACGCUGGCGCCCUUGAUUCCAAGGACGUCUCUUCAGACUCGUCUACUGGUAAACAAGCAGCUGAAAAGUUGGACUCUGACACAAGUAGACAUGAAGCUAGUGAUCCUGAGAAGGUAGAGAAGAAACAAGAGAGCAAAGACGCUCUUGCAGAUAAACCAAAAAGUGAAGCCUCGGAAAAGAAAGACAAAGUAGAGAAAUUGGAUGAAAAGUCAAGUGACGUGAAACUGAGUGGCAAAGAGGGAGGGGAUAAAUCAAGCAAUUCUUCCAGUGGGGACUCUAAAGAAGACAAUUAUCAAGGUGCCGCUUACAACCCAGAAACUGGUGAGAUCAACUGGGACUGUCCUUGCUUAGGUGGAAUGGCCCAUGGACCAUGUGGAGAAGAGUUUAAAGAAGCAUUUUCAUGUUUUAUCUACUCUGAAACUGAACCAAAAGGUAUUGACUGUAUUAAGAAGUUUGAAAACAUGAGAACUUGCUUCAAGAAGUACCCAGAGCACUACAAGGAGGAAUUGUUUGAUGAUGAUGACAAGGAAAACAGUACUGAAAUUGUCGAGCAUGAUGUUUUAGAGACUGCUGAACCUGCCAUAAAGGAAAUUGAACAAGCUACUAAUUCGAAAAACCACAAAUAA